AGUGCUGCUGUACGCGUCCUUCACUUUACUCUGCCCAAACACGUUACAAAAGCCCUGUGUUUGUAGUUAAUUAAUGGUGUUAUUCAUUUAUUUCCCGGGUUUUGUGCAGCGACAGAAGCAAAUAACAGCGGUGUGUGGCAUAAAUAAAUCCUGCUGGAGGAUUAGCGUUUCAUUCGGAUCAAGCAGCCAUGACGGCUCCAAACUCUGCAGAAAGGAAGGCCUGCUGGGAAGCCAGAGACCGUCUGUGGAAAUGCCUCGACGACAAUGAUGACAACGCUGCAUCCUGCCAGAAGUUCCAGAGUGAAAUAGAGGCAAAUUGCCCCGCUCAGUGGGUGAAAUAUUUCUCCAGGAGGAGACACUUCCUGAAGUACAAAGACAGGAUGGAGAGAGAAGGCUUCACACCUGCUGAAGGCCCCCAGCAGCCUUCCUAACCACUGGACAGCAGACCAUCAAAAUCUGCAGGCUGGCUGACUUUUAGCCCGAAUCAGACCAGGGCGAGAGGCACAGGACUUGGAGAGGAGUUUUCCUCACUUUAUUGUUGACAGAGUACUUGAACUUCACCUUUAUCACUGUUUAUUUGGACAGAUGUAAGAUGCAUCACGAAACCAUACAACUCAGCAGCUUCAAGUGGCAGCAUGAGCGACCUAUUACUUGAGCUGCCCUCCUCAGACAUGUGUGGCGUCAGUUCACGUUAACCAGUCCAGCUGGUCUGACACGUGAUAACAAAAGAAAGAAAACAUGCGAGGGAAAAGAUCUGCGGUCAGAGAAGAUCACACCUUCGACAUCUGCUCGGAGUUUGGGUUGAAUGAAGCUUUUGUGCAUUCAAACCAGUUGGAAAUCUUGAUCAGUUAAAUUGUACUCAUGUGAUUUGACAGGUAAAUGCUGAUCUUUAGUGAUUGCUGCUACUUACCUUUUAAUUCCAGGACAGGCAAAAUCUCUCAAGUGUGAUUGACUUGUGGUGUUGUAUUUAAAUUAACUAAAUGUAAAUAAAUCAAAUAAUACAUACAGUCAGUGGUUUUAGUUGUUUUAUUGUUGCGCAUGUAUAAUAUUGUAUCAUCCUAACUCUAGUUUUUGUUUGAGUAGGAUAUGAAUGAAACAAAGUAUAACACAUAAUUUAGGAAUAUUACAGCUCAUUUGGAAACAAAGGCACAUUAUAUUACAAAUCUGUAUGUAUUUACAAAGAAGUGUGGCCCAUGGGUCAAAGGUCACUGCUGUAACACCAUCAUGAUGUAAGAGACC